AUGAUCGGCAGCCUCUUCGCGCUGGCGUUGCUCUCGCCUCGGCAGCCGCCAGCGCGCGAUGCGCGCGUCGCGUCGAUGAGCACCGCCUCCACCACGGCCAGGCCGGCCGUGCCUCCGUCGGCACCGCCGCGAGAGCUGGACAGCAAUCACCUCCAUCUGCUGCAAGCUACCCUCGACAGCAGCGGCGGCAAGGCAGCCGUGCAACGCGCGGCUUGCGCUGCCAUCGUCCGCGUCUUUGGCUGCUCUCCUGGCGACGGUGGUGGCGAGACGGGCCGCGGCGACGGUGCCGGCGGCGGCGGCGCUGCGCCUGGCGACGGCGAGGUGGCUUCGCGGGCGACGGCGGUGCUUCCCAGCGGCGCCGGCAAGACCGUCCUCGCCUUGCGCGUCGCCGAGGCGCUCGCCUCGUCUCUCACCGUCGUGCUCAUCCCAGCGCGCGACCUCGUUUCGCAGUCGCAUCGCGACUGGGAGCGCUGGCGGUCGGCUCCAGGCCCGCUCGACGGCUUGCGGUCGCUGGCAGUCUGCUCGUCAACGUCGGUGCCACGGGCGGUGCUGCCGCGCUCGACGGAUACUGACGUUAUUGCGACCUUCCUCCGAGAGACUGAGGGCGCGCCGCGCGUCAUCUUCUGCACCUACCAGUCUGCGGAUCGCGUGGGCGCGGCGUUGCGGGAGGUUGGAGCUGCGGCCGACCUGCUGGACGCGGAGUUCCGCGAAGCCCUCGCUGCGCUCGUCAGCGGCGAGGCGCGCGCAGGGGGGCCGCUCGACUACUCGGAAUGGCCAGAGGCGCUGCGCAGCGUGCUGCUGCUGCCAGAUCGCGGCGACGUGCAGCGCGCGGCGGAGCGGACGGUUGCGACGGUGGCGCGGGAGCUCAUCGACCGCUGGGAGCGAAUGUUUGGGCUGCUGCAGGCCUUCCGGGAGCAAGAGGGGCACGCCAAUGUGCCGCGGAAGCACGUGGAGGAUGGCGAGCAGCUUGGCGGAUGGCUCAGCCGCCAGCGCAAGCUUCACAAACAAGGGCUGCUGCCGGGAAUGCGCGCUCAACGGCUGGAGGCGGUGGGCGUGGUGUGGGAUGCUCGGGCGGAGCAGUGGGAGCGCAUGUUUGGGCUGCUGCAAGCCUUCCGGGAGCGAGAGGCACACGCCAACGUGCCGGACAGGUACGUGGAGGACGGCGAGAAGCUUGGUUCAUGGCUGCAGACGCAGCGGAAGCGCUACAAGGCGCGAGGGUGGAGCGAGGCGGAGCGCAAACGCGGGAAGGCCAGCGCGAUGAGCGACGAGGAGGUGGAGCGGAUGGAGGCGUUGGGCGUGGCGUGGGACCCGCUGGCGGAGCAGUGGGAGCGCAUGUUUGCGCUGCUGCAGGCGUUCAAGCAGCGUGAGGGGCACACCAAUGUGCCAGCAAAGCACGUGGAGGAUGGCGAGAAGCUAGGUGUCUGGCUGUCGGACCAGCGGAAGCGCUACAAGGCGCGAGGGCUGAGCGAGGCAGAGUGCAAACGGUUGUCGGUCAGUGCGAUGAGCGACGGGGCGGUGGAGCGGUUGGAGGCGGUGGGCGUGGUGUGGGAUGCUCGGGCGGAGCAGUUGGAGCGCAUGUUUGGGCUGCUGCAGGCGUUCCGGGAGCGAGAAGGGCACACCAAUGUGCCGUACCGGCACGUGGAGGACGGCGAGAAGCUUGGUGUCUGCCUGUCGAACCAGCGGAAGCGCUACCAGGCGCGAGGGUGGAGCGAGGCGGAGCGUAAAUGCAAGAAGGCCAGCGCGAUGAGCGACGAGGUGGUGGAGCGGCUAGAGGCGUUGGGAGUGGCGUGGGAUGUGCUGGCGGAGCAGUGGGAGCGCAUGUUUGGGCUGCUGCAGGCCUUUCGGGAGCGAGAGGGGCACGCCAAUGUGCCGUACCGGCACGUGGAGGACGGCGAGAAGCUUGGUGUCUGGCUGGGGACGCAGCGGAAGCGCUACCAGGCGCGAGGGCUGAGCGAGGCGGAGCGUAAACGCAGGUAUGCCAGCGCAUUGAGUGACGAGGAGGUGGAGCGGCUAGAGGCGUUGGGCGUGGUGUGGGAUGUGCUGGCGGAGCAGUGGGAGCGCAUGUUUGGGCUGCUGCAGGCGUUCCGGGAGCGAGAGGGGCACGCCAACGUGCCAAGCGGGCAUGUGGAGGACGGCGAGAAGCUUGGAUCUUGGCUGUCGACCCAACGGAAGCGCUACCAGGCGCGAGGGUGGAGCGAGGCGGAGCGCAAGGGCAGGAAGACCAGCGCGAUGAGCGACGGGGAGGUGGAACGGCUGGAGGUGGUGGGCGUGGCUCUGGUGGUCACACCGCUCGUGUUGGGGCGCCGCGCCGCUGUCGCUGCGGGCGACAUGCUGCAGACCGAACGCCAUACCCAGCACUGCGUGUGCAUGGCCUGCCGCAGCAACCUGAAGAAGGAGAAGCGGCUGCGCAACCGCGUCAACGCCUUCCGGUACAAAAAGGGCGGCUUCGGCAAGAAGCGAUUCAGCAACAACCGGUUCGAGGACCGCGCGGUCGCGGCGGCCAAGGCCACCGAGGAUGCCGAGUUCCUGAGCUUGAUUUUCACCCAGUCCGCGCUGGCGGCGGAGGCGGAGCAGGCGGCGGCGGCGGAGGUUGCUGCCUGAGCGUGUGUGGGGAGAAUCGGGCAUCCCUCAACAGUAGCGCACCCGUGGGCCGUGCGGCGUGCGCCGUGGUCUACGGUCUACUUUGCGCAGCGAUGGGGACACGCACACAUUCGCUGAGUUUUCUUUGUGUAGAGUCGUUUGCGCUGCACGCGUGUAAUAGAAGACUAAAUAAAUAGAAGA